AGCCUGCAGAGCAUCUAUAUAAGCAAUUGGCCGUCUCGACCUUUUCUUCAGCACUACAACCGAAACCUCAGUUCUCACUGAUCUACCAGUCGCUCUCUCUGGUUUCUCUCUUGCAGCCAAGCUAGCUCUCUCCUUCGACGUCCCAACCGAUCGAGUAAGUUAUUAGCUUGGUUGCAUAGAUCGGUACAUAAAACAAUUAAUCAAAGAUGUGGAAGGUUAAACUGGGAGAGGGGGCGAAUGACCCCUACUUGUUCAGCUUGAACAACUUCAAGGGGAGGCAGACAUGGGAGUUCGAUCCCGAGGCCGGGACACCCGAGGAGAGGGCCGAGGUCGAGGCCGCCCGCCAGAACUUCUAUAACAACCGCUUCAAGGUCCGCCCUAGCUCCGACCUCCUCUGGCGGUUCCAGUUUCUGAGGGAGAAGAAGUUCAAGCAGAAGAUCCCGCCGGUGAAGAUCGAGGACGGCGAGGAGAUCACCUACGAGAAGGCCACCGCCGCCGUGAAGCGAUGCGUCAGCUUCUGGUCCGCCCUGCAGUCCGACCACGGUCACUGGCCCGCCGAGAAUGCCGGCCCCAUCGGCUUCUACUUUCCUCCUCUGGUCUUUAGCCUGUACGUAUCGGGGCACCUCAACACUGUGUUCCAUGCCGAGCAUCGCCGAGAGAUCCUUCGCUACAUCUACUAUCACCAGAACGAAGAUGGAGGCUGGGGGUUGCACAUUGAGGGGCACAGUACCAUGAUUUCAACGGUCUUGAACUAUGUCUGUAUGCGUCUUCUGGGCGAAGGACCUGAUGGGGGUCUCGACAACGCCUGUGAGAGGGCAAGGAAGUGGAUUCUCGAUCGCGGUGGUGCAGUGGCCACUUCUUCUUGGGGCAAAACAUGGCUUGCUAUAACUGGUCUUUAUGAUUGGGCUGGGUGCCAUCCGAUGCCCCCUGAGUUCUGGGUCUUCCCUUCUAUCAUGAGCCCAUCCGAAAUGUUCUGUUACUGCCGUUUGACAUACAUGCCCAUGUCCUACUUAUACGGGAAGAAGUUUGUUGGGCCAAUCACACCUCUCAUUAAGCAGAUCAGGCAAGAGAUCUAUAAUCAACCUUAUGAAGAAAUCAAAUGGUGGAAGGUCCGCCAUCUAUGUGCUAAGGAGGAUGCACACUAUCCUCACACACUUGUGCAAACUCUCAUGUGGGACACUCUGUACUUUGGUACCGAGCCCCUUCUUAAUCGGUGGCCCUUCAAGAAAAUUAGGGAGAUGGCCAUCGAGAAGACAAUGGAGCACAUCCACUAUGAAGAUGAAAAUAGCAGAUACAUCACCAUUGGUUGUGUGGAAAAGCCACUGAUGAUGCUUGCAUGCUGGGUUGAAGAUCCAAAUGGUGAAGCUUUCAAGAAGCAUCUUUCCCGAGUUGCAGAUUAUGUGUGGGUUGGAGAAGACGGAAUCAAGAUGCAGAGCUUUGGCAGUCAGGUGUGGGACUGCGGCCUUAGCCUUCAGGCUUUGCUUGCGAGCAACCUAAUUGAUGAAAUUGGACCUGUACUUAAGAAAGGACAUGAAUUCUUGAAGGAAUCUCAGGUCGAUCGCAAUCCAUCUGGUGACUUCAAGAAAAUGUUCCGCCACAUUUCCAAAGGAGCAUGGACCUUCUCAGAUAAAGACCACGGGUGGCAAGUUUCUGAUUGCACAGCGGAAAGUUUGAAGUGUGUGCUUCUGUUCGCCAUGAUGCCACCAGAAAUUGUUGGUGAACAAAUGGAGCCUGAGAAGAUCUAUGAUGCUGUCAAUGUUAUACUGUCUCUGCAGAGCAAGAAUGGUGGUGUAUCAGCUUGGGAGCCAUCAGGAGCUGGGUCAUGGUUGGAGUGGCUCAAUCCUGUGGAAUUCCUUGAGGACUUAGUCAUUGAGUACGAGUAUGUGGAGUGCACUUCAUCUUCGAUCCACGCAUUGCUAUUGUUUAGAAAGCUGUUCCCAGGGCACAGAAAGAAAGAGAUCGACAUGUUCCUUGUCAAUGCUACUCAGUAUAUACAAGAUAUUCAAAAGCCCGAUGGUUCAUGGUAUGGGAACUGGGGAAUUUGUUUCAUAUACGGGACUUGGUUCGCUCUCGUGGCACUGGAGGCUGUUGGGAAGACUUACAAUAACUGCGAAGCUGUUCGUAGAGGUGUUGAGUUCCUGUUGGAGGCACAGAACGAGGAUGGUGGUUGGGGAGAGAGCUACCUCUCAUGCCCCACUAAGGUUUACAAACCACUGGGACAUACCAACUUGAUCCAUACUGCACUGGCUAUGAUGGGCUUGAUUCAUGCUGGGCAGGCUCAGAGAGACCCAACCCCACUUCACCGCGGUGCAAAGAUACUGAUCAAUGCCCAGUUGGAAGACGGAGAUUUCCCUCAACAGGAAUUGAUGGGAGUUUUCAUGAGGAACUGCAUGCUCCAUUACUCGGCCUACAGGAACAUCUUCCCGCUCUGGGCCCUGUCAGAGUACCGCAAGUAUGUUCCUCUGCCAUCCAAAGGGAAUUAAAGGUUGAUCAGCUCGACCUCCUUGUUUCAGUCGAUUGUUGUGAAUAGGUCCCCCCCCCCCCCCCCCCCCCCCCCCCCCCCCCAAAAAAAAAACAAAAGCUCGACGGAAUAACUUAUAUACAGGUUGCUAGUCUUAGGGAAUCGCUGAGUGUCCUUACUGUAGUACUUAAGCUACACGAGUGAGUCCCGCAUUUGCUCUCCUUCCACAUUACCCCUCUGAUGAACAUGGUCGGAGAAGCCGAUGCUAGUCUUUGGUCUUUAGCGUUUUACCCCUUCAGGCAGGAGUCCUCCGUGAUGUUCAUCUGAAGUGGGUUUCUGCGUAAAGUGUGAAUUCUCUCAUCUUAAUGGAAGCUAUUCUUUCUUUAUUGUCCAA